AUACGCACUUACCUGCGGAACACGGUCAUACGUGCACGACGGUGGCGCUUCGGCUUAACGAACUCCGGUGGCGCCGAAGGAAAGAUCGUUUGGUGGUCGGGGCGGCGGAUCUUCUACCUCGAUCCGACCGCGCGAUACCCAACACACAUCGUCCAGGGUACGAGGAGCGUCCGCGACGUUGCGUGCGCUCUCUCUCCUCUCGCCGUUCAGUGUGCGUGCGCGCGCGCGCGCGCGAAUGUGUAUGUGCGUGUGCGCGAGAGCCCGUCGUCGUCAAGUGCGCGAAAUCGCAUUCGAAUAUUGCGACGAAAUAGCGCGAGGGGCGAAUCCCAACGAGAAGGACAGAGGAGAAGUUUCGUGAACCCUCGAGAUACGCUCGAAUAAAGAGAAAAAGAGAUAGAGAAGCGGGACAUAUGCGUCUCUGACGUCGCGGACGUCUCAUAUUUUCGGAUAUUCUCCUUCGCGCCCUCCUCCGAUUCAACCUAUCUCGUCACGCCGUCGUCUCCUCCCCUCCAUUGCCGCGCGCUUCCUCGGAGCAGCGGGCGGUUGCGCAAGCAGGUAUUCGGAAAUAACCCGUGUGGGUCGCAGUUAUGAAUUGAUAGCAAACACAUGGUGGACACGCCGCGUGUUCCGCUCCAGCCAGUGCGUCUCUCGCCGAGAUCUCCUCGACUUCCUCGUAACGCGACCGCUCCGCGAGAAGCCUCUGGCCUCAUCAUUGACAAGUCGAGACUGUCGGCGUGACUUCGUGCGUGCCUUUCAAACGCUGUGCGACGCGUAAACAAUAAAACUCGUGACUCCUCGAUGGCACGGAACGAUCGUCCGUUAUUUCGUCGAACCACGCGACGUCAUCUUUGCUUUAUCCAAAGUGUAUUUAUUUCGACGUGAUUUAUUUUUAUUAUCACAGUGAUGUCUGUCGAUUUGUCGAGGAUAGGGUCCUUUUCUCCCAUGAGAGGACAGAUCCGCAUUAUGGGACAAACAGAGUAAGGGCUUUUCAAUUUGGCUGAAAGCUGAAUCGACAAUGAACCUGAUAACUUGCGACGGAUGAUUGACAUGUGAUUAUCGAUCGUGCGAGUUAAGUUCCGUGGCAACGAACUUAAGACGUCUUUCCCGUCGUCUUUGAUCGUGCAUCUUUAAUUUGGAUGCGUUCGCUUUGCGGACUCAUUCGUAUCCUGAGAGAAAGAAGAAGAGACGAAAAUCGGGGGCAGCGAAAUACGUGGGACAGAGAAACCGGACGAAUGACAUUGACAAUCCUGGACUACGUACAUGUGCAGUGAUUACACAAGAUCGGCACUCAUGUACGUUGAUUACGGCGGCGACACUUAUGCCGGAAUGGGAAUCAAGGCUAUGAAGUCCUUUGGCAGGCCCAGAGAUAUACCGGCGCAAGUGCCGCCGUUAACGCCUGGGACCAACAAGAAGAUGACCGAGGCUCUGGAGGCCGUCUUCGCGUCUUGGGAAAAGGAACGACUCCGCCUGAAUAUAACUAAAGACCCGAGGCAAUGGUCGGAAGCAGCUGUCGCCAACUGGUUGCAGUGGGCUAUCGGAGAAUUCUCCCUGGAGGUUAUGGCGAUGCAGCCGUGGCAGCACAUGACCGGGAAACAGAUUUGUGCCAUGGGGAAGGAAUCCUUUCUAGCACGUGCCCCCACCACCUUCAUGGGCGACAUCCUAUGGGAGCAUCUCGAGAUCCUGCAGAAAAGUGGCUACAAUCAUCUUCGCAGUCCCGUGUGCCAAGACGAAAGUCAAAGAGACGAAACGUCGCCACCACCUCACAGCCAUAGCACCCAACCACCAACCUCUCACUCUAGCACUCCUAACAGUAAUAACAACAAUAACAACAACAACAAUGCCAACAGUGCGUACAUCCAUUUACGGAAUUUAAAUCAGCUCAAAACGGAAUCGAACUACAGUAAUCACCACAUAGCGGAGCAUCUCCAGAGCGGUGGUGGUGGCCUGGGUAGCGGGAGCGAUCUCGGGGGUACAGGGAGUAACGAGAGCGACUUGAGAGUCGGCGCAAACGCCACAGACAGUUACAUGACGCCGGCACACUAUUCCGGGUACGACGAGGCCUCCGAGUAUCACAGCUUAUCGCAGGAUCAUCAGGCGCCGCAUCCAUACAAUUUGGAUAAUUCACCGGACUUUUAUGGUGCCAGCGGGAUUCACAUCGAGCCCAAGUAUCAACCGUCACCGUUCAAAAACUAUCCUCGAGGACGCUAUCACGAAGGUUACAGCGAGAGCGGCGGAUACGGCCAGUACGAUGCAACGCCGUUCCAAACAGUUCCCGGAAGCGGGAGCGGUGCUGGAGGCGGCGGCGUCGGCGGUGAACAAUGGGGUGUUGGACUUCCGGAUCAUUUGCCUCAUCAUCCCGCGUUUCUUGCGGGACUCGGACCACGGGACUCUUCCAAUCCCCAUCAUCCCACAUCUAUUACCAAUAAUGCGGACCAAAAGCCCUUACUGCAAAGUCCUAUGCUCGCCAGUUACACAGGUGGACCAUGUUUCACCGGAUCAGGUCCAAUUCAACUCUGGCAAUUUCUACUGGAACUGUUAACCGACAAAUCGUGUCAGGGUUUCAUUUCGUGGACCGGCGAUGGCUGGGAAUUCAAACUAACCGAUCCGGACGAAGUUGCGCGCCGUUGGGGUGUUCGCAAGAAUAAACCCAAGAUGAAUUACGAGAAACUAAGCCGAGGUUUACGCUACUAUUAUGACAAGAACAUUAUACACAAAACUGCUGGCAAACGAUACGUGUAUCGCUUUGUAUGCGACUUACAAAGUCUACUAGGACUUAGUCCUGAGGAGUUACAUGCAAUGGUAGACUUGAAACCCGAGAAGAAGGAAGAAGACUGAGUUUUUGUUAAUGAGCAUGUUUUAGAGGACUGUGUCACACUUAUAAAAGAAAUGUAAUAAUACAAAUUCUCUCUCUCUCUAUCUCUCUCUUUCUCUCUUUCUUUGCAUUAAGCAUGCAAGAACAAAGAAAAAUGGGAGGACAAAGUAUCUAUACAAUGAUAUCACUAUGAAAUAACUAUAUUCAAAUACAGAAGACUGUGAUAGAGCGUCUUCUUUGUUCAGAUGUAAACAAAAUCGAAUCGGUCGUAUGUACCAAAGACAGGGUCUGCAUACCAUUGGUGCCUAAAGUUGAAUAAAUCGCGAAUUUGUUUCUAAGUGAUUGAUUUGUCAGCAAGUUUUAGAGAAUAUUUAUAGGAAUAACUCGUCAAUUUAUACAUAUAUAUAUAAAUAUAUUUUUAAUGUUACAUGAUUUUUCAACGCUAUUAUAGCGUCAAGAUACUUGGUGAUGCCGCUAAAUUAUUUAUGUCUCAUCAUUUUAACAUGUGUGUUAUAUCUCGUUGAUAGAUGACUCGAUAUGUGAUUGUUAUUACCAUAAUUUUACAAUAAACUCAUUAUACAAUGUACUAUGUAGCGAGCUUCUCAAUUCGAUAUUUUCUCACAUAUGCUUUUUUUCUAUGUAUAGAUUAAUUUAGAUUAUAAUUCUAAACUGUACUUUUCUUUCAAGAGCUCGCUUCUUCAAAA